AUGAACCGGCCACAGAAAGACCGGCUGAAGCUGAACCCGGGGCCAAUCGCAGAUAAUAAAGAUGCAGAACUAACAAAACGGGUGGAAUCGGGAGAAAAGAAAAUCGAAGCAAUUGACAAAAAAGUGGAGACCUAUAACUCCAGGGUUGAUCAAAUCCCAAGAGCACCCCCGAUAUUGAAAGGCCUGGAUUCCAAGAAGUUAGUCCAAAAGCCUUUCCCUCCGUGCGCAGCUCCAAAACCGAUCCCGAAGAAGUUUCGUAUGCCCGAAAUUCCAAAGUAUAACGGGACCACGGAUCCGAAUGAACACGGCCUCCUACACUAUGAUCUUGCCCAAAGGGACCCCAACCUAAUGUGUAAGUAUCAUGGCACUCACGGCCACAGAACCGUAGACUGCCGACAACUGAGAGAAGAAGUAGCCCGAUUGUUCAAUAACGGACACCUCCGAGGAUUUCUGAGUGAUCGAGCCAAAAAUCACUUCAGGAAUAGGGACUCCAACAAGCAGACCGAGCAAGAGGAACCUCAGCGCGUCAUUAACAUGAUCAUUGGUGGAUUUGACAUCCCUCAAGGACCGAUGCUAAAGCGCACUAAGGUUUCCAUUACAAAGGAAAAAUGGACUCGAGAUUAUAUACCAGAGGGAACCGUAUCUUUCAACGACGAGGAUGCUGAAGGCAUCGUACAACCACAUAACAAUGCACUGAUAGGUUUACAAGACCAAAUAGUGCAUGCAGUCCGAGGUUUAAACGGAUUCAACAUGGUGUGUGAAACUACUAAAGGAGAGAUAACCCUGCCAGUGAACACCGCCGGAACCAUUCAGGAAACGAAGUUCUACGUCAUCAAGGGAGAUAUGAGGUAUCCCGCCAGAAAUAACUACCCAUAA